GGCCCGAGGAGGACACGGGGCACGGGAUGGCCCUCACCUACAUCUGCAGCGUCGUCGGCGUUCUAUUCGCGAUAGUUCUCCUUGUCGCUUUGGUCGUGUUCAUGGUGAAGAAAAAUCGAAUAGACAAACUCCGACACCAUCUGAUGCCCCUGUACAACUUCGAUCCGGCGGACGAGUGUGAAGAUUGGGAGUCUGAGCUGCUAGAAGAGGGACGUCACCAUGGCGAAGGCAUAUACAGGGCGCAGGGAAUGACUGCAAAAUUGGCAUUCACGCCAGAUGUGGCCACCGGCCAUCUGUGACACUAUCGCACUUUGGAGGUGAGUGGGGUGCAAACAACAAGAUAGCAAGAUAGCAAGAUAGCAAGAGUCGGCGUUGGAUCCUGAGUGCUGUUGAGUUUCACCGUGGAGGCAGUCAAACAGCUAACGGGUCUACUCUUUCCAAGAAAUGGACGUCGAGACUGUGUUGCGAUCUCGUGCGUCGGAUGCACAAUGUCAUUUGGAGGGCACACGUUAAGUAAAUGCAUUCACUUGCCACGUUGUUCGGUUCUCUUAAAUUUUACCGUGGUCUGUUACAGGGAGUAUAGAUAGAUAUUAUAUACUGAGUAGAGAAUCACGAAACUGUCGUAGAUUUUAUUACGAUUCCUGUAUUAUCGUCGUUGUAACCUUAUACUAUUACGUAUUAGAGGAACUCGUAUGUUCUCCUUAAGCCCAGCGCACACGUGAGUAAUUUUACUCAAGUAAAAUGACGCAUGCGUCAAAAUACUCAACGAAAAUCUGCCGCACACGUGAGUAUUUUGACGCAUGCAUCAUUUUACUUGAGUAAAAUUACUCACGUGUGCGCCGGGCUUUAGUAAGGUGUUAUUUACAUACGCCAAAGUUUGCAUUUAUUCCUUCCCCAGGCCAGUACCCUUCUGUAUCGUAGUAACGCAGGUCGUUGUCGAUUAUAUAGCAACCCUUUUGGUUUUCGUUCCUCAUAUUGCUGGGGUACGUUAGGCCUGAUUGCUGCUCAGCAAUAGCAUACUGUGCUAGUAUUAGUGGUGACUAGGGUAACGUGUAUGUGGUCGUGCUUUAACGGUAGCAGCAAUUGGCCGCAAUGCCAUCGUCAUAAUGCAGUUUUGUGUACCUUACGUACCCCCUACCUACCUACCUUGUGGUAGUGCGACAGAGAGAAAGUGAGAGAGAUGACAAGUGGUAAUAUUGUAAUAGAAAACCAAGAGAAAUACAAGAGUAAUAAAUGGGGGUAGGGAGAAAGAGUGG